AUGACGCAGGGCGAUCACAUCCUUAAGUCGGCCUGCCCUGCUGGUUUUACUGCCGUGCAUCUACCACGCCCACAAUCAGUUUCAAAGAAGGGGGUUGGAGGUGUCGGCCUUAUUUACAGUGAUGCCUUCACCGUCAACCGGAUGCAGCUGCCAUCUAACCUAAACCUAACGUCCUUCGAAUUACUGGAUCUCAUGAUUUCCUCCUCUACAAAACACUGCAGGUUGUUGGUGAUAUAUCGCCCACCUGAGCGCCCUCGGCAACAGUCUUUUUCAGUAUUCAUCUCCGAGUUUGAACAAUUACUGUGCUCAUUGGCUGACAGCAAGGAAGAUCUGGUAAUCGUCGGAGAUUUCAAUAUUCAUGUUGAGGUCGUUGACAACUGCAAAGCUCGAUUAUUCAACCAGCUGGUUGAGAGCUUAGGCUGGACUCAGUUGGUGAAUGGGCGGACACAUACUGCUGCUCACACCUUGGACCUCGUCCUCACACGCACCGCUAGCCCAUUUGUCGUCAACGUGCAAGUCGGUGACUUGGUGAGCGACCAUCACUUGAUUACCUGUUCAAUUGGUCUUGGCCGACCUCAGAGGAAGAACGUUUUGGAUACUGAUGACUGCCUAGCUUCCCUGAACGGCCUUGUCGACCAGUACGGGGAUAUUCGCCAAGUCAUUGAAAAUCACGCUAAGCUGCGGGUAAAGGAAGUCACGAUCCGUGACCCGGCUCCUUGGAUCAAUAAGAGGAUUCUUGAUGCUCGUCGCGCGCUGCGUAAGGGAGAGAGACUUUGGCGUUGCAGUGGCUACCUGGAGGUUCACUUGGAAGCUUACAAGACGCUUGCUUCUGACUACUCAGAAACUCUAAGAAUGGAGAAAGGUCAGUACUACUGCUCAAUCGUCGCAGACUGCGGUGGUGAUCAGCGUAAACUCUACAGAAUCGUGGAUUCUUGGCUUGGUAGGGAAAAAGCUUGCGUCCUUCCUGAAGACAAGAGCGCUACUGACUUGGCAAACCGUUUCGCUGCAUUUUUCAACGACAAGGUGGAGAAGAUAAAGACGACAUUGCUUGCUGAGAGGGAGAGGAUCGAUCCCAAGUGGGUCCUGGGAGCUGACCGCUUUCUCGACAAAUGGAGCGAGGCUGAUUGUUUUAAUGAUUUCAGAAUGGUUGGAUGUGAUGAAGUUCGUAAGUUCAUCAUGGAUUCUCCAACCAAGUCAUGCGUCAUCGAUCCAAUUCCUACGUCUCUGCUCAAGAAAGUCUCUGAUUAUCUCACCCCUUCCAUCACAUCUAUCGUCAACCUUUCUCUUUACAGUGGUGUCUUCCCUCACCAGUUCAAGAAUGGCCUCAUCACUCCUAUCCUGAAGAAACCUAAACUUGACGGAGAAAUUCUAGAGAAUUACAGACCAAUCACAAAUCUACCAUUUGUGUCAAAACUGAUUGAACGGGUUGCGUCCUCUCAGUUGAACAAACACCUAGCACUCUACGACCUCCUCUCACCGUCUCAAUCGGCGUACAGGGCUGGACAUUCUACCGAAACUGCCCUCCUGGCCUUACAGAACGAUCUGCUCCUGGCUGCUAGUCGUGCUGAUGGCUGUGUCGUACUGCUACUCGAUCUCAGUGCGGCUUUCCACACAGUUGACCAUGGGAUUCUCAUUGAUCGUUUGUCGUCUCACUGCGGCUUAGGUGGUACUGCUCUGUCUUGGUUCGCCUCUUAUCUCUCAGGAAGAACCCAAACUGUCGUCAUUGACGGGGCACUCUCUCAUCCAGUCGAUGUCAUUUAUGGAGCUCCUCAGGGCUCGGUUAUCGGUCCAAAACUUUACACAAUAUAUGUGAACUGUCUUCGGAAGGUGGCUGCUGUCCAUGGCGUCAAAAUACACCAGUACUCAGAUGACACAACCGUGUACCUCGAGUUUAGGUUCCCGCCCGGGAUCCCUGACCAGAUGGACUCUCUUAGGAUCCUGUCUUGCUGUGCUGGGGAUCUCGCCGACUGGUUCGCAUUCAACUGGGUAAAACUUAAUCCUGACAAGAGUGAUUUCUUGUACUUUGCACCUUUGGAUCUUGCUUGUUUGUUGCCUCUGUUUCCACUACGGAUGAAAAAUCAAGUCUUGAGCCCAUCCAACUCGGCAAAGCUUCUUGGAGUGACUCUAGUCAGCGAUUUAUCUAUGGACAGUCUGAUUUCUGCCGUGGUCAAAUCAUCCCACUACCAACUGUAUCGUCUUGGGAAGAUUCGAAAUCAGCUUACAACAUCUGCUACAAAAACGAUGGUUCACUCCCUGGUCAUCUCUCGUCUGGAUUAUGCAAAUUCUCUUCUCGCGGGUCUGCCGGCCUACAAACUCAAGUCUCUUCAAGCAGUCCAGGAUUCAGCAGCUCGCCUUAUCUACCGCGGCCGGUCAAUCUCGACCGAGGACGCAAGGUACCGCUUGCACUGGCUCCCAGUUCAGCAAAGGAUUGACUUUAAGAUCCUCUUGAUUGUCUUUGACUGUCUUACGGCCUCAGCACCACUCUACCUCCAAGAGACAAUCAACGUGCACGUCCCGGGCCACACAGGACUUCGAUCAUCUGCUCGGACACUCACUGUUGAUGUUCGUAAGGCUUCUAGCAGAAGAUUGUCGAGGAGGGCGAUUCCCAGAGAGGGGAGACGAGGAGCUUACGUGAAACCAUUCGCCACAAAGGAAAAGCUGCUGAUGAGGUCUUUCUCCAACUAUGCCCCGCACACUUGGAAUCGUCUUCCAGCUCUGAUUCGCUCCACAACCAACCGCCAAGUUUUCAAGAAACUUAUUAAGACUCAUCUAUUCUCCUUAGCGUUCCCUUCAUUUUGUAAAUAA